AUGGGUUUAAAAAGAUGGAUUAGCGGGUCAACGAAAAGAAAUAAAUCAGAACCUUUGACAGACCCUCUGAUUAAAGCACCUGGCGAUAAAAAUAUCCGUAGUUCUACUCAAUAUCAACAUCAUUAUUCCCAUUAUGUUCCUAAUAAUAAUAAGUCUGGUGCUAAGGUUGCUACGAAUAAUAGUCAUGAGACUAACUCCUCUUACCGCGAUCAAAGUAACAGCAGGAGUAGUAGCAGUACAUCUAGCAGUCUAACUCAUAGUCCUUAUAACUCUAAUAAUAAUAAUAAUAAUAAUAAUAAUAAUAAUAACAAUAAUAAACCAUUGACUAACGUUACCACUAAUAGUACUAAAGGUAAGAGUAGCAAUAGCCUACCAUAUAAAAACAAUAAUAUUAACAAUAAUUAUAUCGCAGAUAAGGUAUUUCUAGGCCCUACUUCAGUUUCGAGCACUGAGCUUGUCAUGCCAAAUAUGCAUCAUACAGGUAGCAGCAAUAGCAAUAGCAAUAGUAUUAACAGUAUUAGUAGAAGUACAACAAGAAGUAGGAGUAGGAGUAGGAGUAACAGUAACUAUAAUAACUUUACUAGUUUCAAUACAACUACAACUGCUUCAAGUACAAGAAACAACAGUUUUUCCAUGACUGCUAAUCCUCCUCCUACGGUGGCAAUUUUGAAUAAAACGGUUAGUGGGCAUGGAAUUUCAAAUACUAAUAACAAUAAAUUUUUUAUGGAAGAUAAUAGUGUCUUUUUUACGGAUUCCGAAACAAGCAUGAUAGAAAACACCACCGGUAUUGCCAGCGAUGGAGUAAAUAGUGGCUAUUUGGAUGUCUCUUUUGAACAAAAUUCUGCCUUAACUGCUGCUAGUAAUGUUUUGUCAAACACCACAAUUAAAGUUACAAAUUAUGAUUCUAGGGAUAAUAGCAGAAGAAACAGUAGAAGCCAUAGUAACUUGGAUUUCAAUCCAAUUGAUUUGAUCUCCCCUCCAGCCGUAAAUACGACGAUUCCGAUAUCACAUAAUAAUCCUAAGAACAAUGUUAACACUAACAAUAUGGACACAACAGUUCUAUCAGAACAAUUACUGGUGCAGCAGCUACCUCCAUACAAAACGCUAGUACAGCAGCAACCCAGGGAAAGGGAAAAGGAAAAGGAAAAGGAAAAGGAAAAUAAUUCAUUAUCCUCAACACCUUCUUUAAGAUUUCAUUUUGGUAAUCCGUUUUCGUCUACCUCAUCCGCAGAUAACAGUAACAACAAAAAAAAUAGUAAUAAUAUUGCUAGUUCGUUAACUGCUAAGGAAGCUUACUUAAAUCAGUUACAAGAUGAUUGGCAAUACCAUUUAGAUGAAUUCCCGGAACUUUUGCCAAUGGACCAUAACCUAUCGUUUGGCGAUGGUUCUAAUAAGAUAUUUGGUUUUGAAAAUUUUGGAAAUACUUGCUAUUGUAAUAGUGUUUUACAAUGUCUGUAUAACCUAGAUGAGUUUCGCUUAAAUGUGUUGAAAACACCUUUUAAAACUGGAAUUAAUAAUAGAAAAUUAGUUUGUGAAGGCAAUAAACCAAGAAAUUUUGCGAAAUUACAGGCUAGUUUAAUAAAUAACGGACGUGUUUUAUCUAAUACUAGCGCUGUUACUACAGCUAACUCUACUCAUGGUACUACCACUCCCAACAGCAAUACGACAACUAAUAGUACUGGAGUUAAAUAUUUAACUACAGAUGAGAUACUAAAGAAAUUGGAUUUGCAUCAUGACGGUGUGAUAGUCGGUAGAACCAACGAUAAUAUCUAUCAUUCAUGUGAAAAAAGAAAGAAUUCAGCACUAAUUAACGGGCCCAUUUUAAAUAUAGAUCAUCUAUCAGAAUGUUCCAGAUUUAACAAUGCUAAUUUAGCAUCAGUAAAUAAUUUUGAUCAAAAUUCCAAUUAUGUAUCUGGAACCAGUAAUGACGGUGGUGAUGAUAUUGAUGGUUCUAAUAAUAAUACUAAUAAUAGUGGCAGCAGUAUUGAUAGUAGCAAUAGUGAUAACAAUGCUAGUAAUAGUUUUCUUGGUACUGUUAUUAACGGCAAGAACAGAAAUACCAAUAAGAUAUCGGCAUCUUCAAAUGACGUAUCAUGCUCCAUGUAUACUUGUUUGAAGGAUGUUUUUGAAUAUAUUACUGAAAACAAGUUUUUAAUAGGGAUUGUUUCACCAGUUGAAUUUAUCAAUAUUUUAAAAAUAUCUAAUAUAAUGUUUAGUUCUUCUAUGCACCAAGAUGCUCAUGAAUUUUUGAAUUUCCUUUUAAAUGACAUGAGUGACUAUUUGGCAACUUUAAUAAAAUCAUCAUCCGCAACUUUUAACCAUAACAACUUUAUUACUGAUUUAUUUCAAGGUAUUUGUACGAAUAGGACAAGAUGUUUAACUUGUGAUAAUACUACAUAUAGAGAUGAGCUCUUUUUGGAUUUCCCGCUAGAUAUUUCUAGUUUAACAGAUAACAAUAUCGAAAAUUAUUUUCUAAAUUAUCGUCAAAGGGAGAUGUUGUGCGGUGAAAAUAAAUUUUAUUGUGAUAAAUGUAACGGAUUGCAAGAAGCUGAAAGAGUUGUGACUUUAAAAAAAUUACCAAAUGUUUUAUUGAUGCAUUUAAAAAGAUUUAAAUAUAGUGAAAAGGAAAAAUGUAAUAUUAAGUUGUUUGAUAAAGUAGAAUAUCCAUUAAAUUUGAGAAUAUGCUCAUCUUCUGAAAAGAACAAUGAGGGAGCCCUGUGUAGAAAUUACGAAUUAAAUGGGAUCGUUGUUCAUUUAGGCGGUGGUCCAUCCCAUGGCCAUUAUAUAGCCAUUGUUAAAAAUUCUAAAUUUGGUUGGUUAUUAUAUGAUGACGAAACCGUUCAAAGUGUUAAUGAAGAGGAUGUGUUAAAAUUUUAUGGUGGUCCAGGUGAUUUAUCUACUGCCUACGUUUUGUUUUAUAAAGUAGUUGAUAAAGCCUACGACAGUACAAAUAAUGAAUUGUCUGAUGUCCUUGCCGGAAAUAAUUGCAAAAACAACAUAAACGCUUUAAUUAAAUGCGAUGAAAUCAUGAGAAACUUCACCAAGAGUACUAUAAACUUUUCAAAGAAAAAAGGGUUUUUUGAUACCUCUGAUGCCACCACUAUAAAUAACAAUGGUAGUGGCAGUAAUAACAAUAAUAGUACAACUUUAAAUCCUAAUGUUUCAUAUAUGAAUAACACCAAUAGUGGAUUUAACUCCAGAAGUACCAGCAAUAUUAGUUUUAAUAAUAAUAUUGAUUCCGCUAAUAAUAGUUCAGGCGGGGUAGAUUUGGCAGUUCAUAAGAACAAUUGUAUUACUGGCAAUGUCAGUGGUAUUAAGGAUAUAAAUAAUAAUGGUACAUUCGAGGGAGAUUAUAAGCUUGAUAAUAACAAUAAUAUAAAUUAUCAAGGGCUAUCGUCAACUACCACCGCAAAAGCCGGCACGAAAUCCAACUCAUCUUCGGCACAGAAUCAAGAAAGCAAGACUAAACUUAAAAGAAGGUCAUCAACUAGAUGGUUUAGAAGAAGUUCUAAGGCAUUUUGA